UUUCACCAAAAAAUGGCAGUGAAGUAUUUUUCUCACGCAAAAUUUAUGAAAGAUAUUCAUUGGCUCCGAGCCUCUCUGAACUAUGGCAUUUAUCAAACAGAGAGGCAAAGAAAAAUGUGGUGGCAUUGGCAAACUCUUCAGAAAACAGACAGACUUGUAGCAUGCAGGCUGCAGACUCAGUUGAGGUGGAGGCUAAAAGCACAACUGACAAUCAUCCUUUUCCAGAACCUAGACUCCCCUAUCCAUUUACCUCUUGUUUGACUGAGAAGGAGCAGAAAACAUACUUAUAUCUGAUGACUAAGUACUCAAAAAAAAUAAACCAUUUUCAAGUUAAUGCAGCAAGUCAAAGAGAGUUAUUCACGUAUCUGCAAAUGAAAGAAGUAGUAAACAAUGAAAUUGCAGAAUUUAUGAAAUUUGCCCAGAACGCUGCAAAAAGCUGCGCCCAAGAUUAUGAUGCCAUCUCUGAAGAUGCACUAUGUUAUACUGAGGAAUUAUUCCGUGCUUGUAUUGGACAUGUGCAAAAGUACCCUGAGUUUUACAUGCUCCAGGAGAUCAUGAGUAUCAUGGGAGGAAAGUUUCAUACACAGUUGACCUUUAGGCUGGAAAAAAAUCUUCUUGUAAUGGGUACAGCAAGACGUGGUAAAACAGAUUUCCCUACCAUGCCUGUUCAACUGCCCACAGAUUAUAAAACUGUUACAUCUAUUGUAACUCCAGAAAAGAAGGCUUCUAUUAUGCACAACGAUAUUAGUUCAGAUUCAAAUGCAGAAAAACUUGCUUUGAAAUACUGUCCUCAAGUUGUUUUAAGUAAUCAAUCAUUAUUUACUUUACUGAAUAAUCAUGGACUAAACUACAAGGAACAAUGGGAAAUUCCAGUUUGUAUUAAAAUGAUCCCUGUUGCAGGUAGCAAACCAGCUAAAGUGGUUUAUGUUGAUUCACCCCUGCUGAGAAAGGAAAUGACAGUAAGAGAGAAGAACCAAAUCUUCCAUGAAAUUCCAAUGGACUUCCUAGCAACUAAAACAUCAUAUGUUUCAAUUUCUGAUGUAUUGAUGGACAAACCAGCUGAGGACAGUCUGUUUCAGUGGGAUAUGUCUUCUGAUACCUACCAGUACAGGAAGAUUCCUCUUCCAGAUGACACAGGGAUGGACUUCGAUGAUGAUGUUACAGAACUGGAAACUUUUGGAGCAACCGUCAAGCUCUCAAGAACGUCUAAAAUGGAAAAUACUUUUCCUACAGUUAGUAACACAGCUAAAGUUUUAUCACAUGGCCUAAAAAUGGGGAAAAAAAAUACAUCCACCAUAAACAGUGGAGGUGAAGAAGAGAAAAACACCAUUUUUGAGCAAGGAGUUUCAGCAUGUGUCAGCACGCAGCUUCCAUCAUUAGAUGGCAUUCUAUGCUUCAGCCCUGAAGAAAAUUCAUCUUGUACAAGCUUUAGUUCAGAGGAGGUAGGACUGAACAAAGCACAGCAUGUCAUGACCAAAGAAGUGCAUCAUUCGUCAGGCAAUGAAACAAAACUAAAUACUCUCUCUAAUGCUGUUAGUUACAAUAAAGAGUCUGAUUCUGCACAAAAAAAUGAGACUUACACUUCUUUAUGCAGCAGUGACACGGAUGAAGAGCGUUUGAUAAUUGAUACCGAAUGUAAAAACACUGAUUGUUGCAAAAGGACUGUAUCAAACACUGUUUCACAUACCUCAGCAGAGACUGCCAAAUCACCUUCCCCCACCCAGAUUCCAUUAGCAAGCAUGACUGAUUGCUCAGAUAUCAUGGAUCAGGGAAAAAAUGCCUCCAGAAAGCCUGUAAGAAAGUUGUCCAAAGAAUUUGAUCCUGUCGGACAGAUUUUGAAAAUGCAAACUGAACUUCUCAAGUCACCUUCCCAAAAAGCUCAUGAGCAGCCGGUGGUGAGCUGUGAUCAUUCUAAUGCUUCACCAGCCCAUGUGUCUCAAUCUCCAAAACCUUUGGUGACCUCUAGCACAGAAACUGUGCCAGCCCCUGCCUCAAAUCCCAACGGCUCGUCUAGAAAUACCUGGACUUGGCUUUUUCAGGGAGUGCCAAAGAGAAAGCUGCCAAAUGAACUUCAGAUGCUUGAAGAAGACCCUUCAGAGUAUAAAGCACCUCAGGAUGGCAACCUUGUGUACAAGCUAUUCAGUUUGAACGAUCUGUUGUUACUUGUGCGUUGCAGUGUGCAAAAAGUGAAGUCAGUGCCACGAUACCAUAAAAAGAAAAAAGCACAAAAGCUUACUCCAAUAUUCCUGUUGCCAAAACUAGAAUACCAAGCCUAUUACGGUGUUGAAGCUCUUACAGAAAGUGAAGUAUGUCAGUUGUGGACAGAGAGUAUGUUGCAUUCUGAAUGCUUGUUUUAUAUUGGACGUAUUGAUGCUUUUACAUCAAAGCUUAUUAUGCUAGAAAAGAUUUCUCCAGAAAUUUUAAGAGAAAAACUCGGAUUGAUUAAGCCUGCAAAUUCAUUAAAUAUACUUCAUCACAUUUUGAAGAAAGUGUCUGAUUUGCAGGAGGGCUCUUAUUUAUUGACUCAUGCUGCAGGAGAUUCAUCCGUUGGAAUCUACAAGAGUUCUCUUGACAAGACAACGAGAGCAUCAUAUAACUUACAUAAAGCUCAUUGUGAUCUGCCUACUGUACCUGCCACCCUUUCGGUCCCCUGGGUGCCACUAGAUCCCAGCCUCCCUUUGCCCUAUCACAUGAAUCAUGGAAGAGUUCCAUGCACCUUUCCCCCUGCACCCCAGGAAGCCACGUGGAAACAGAAGAUGACUGGGGCGAAAGGACAAUCGGACACACCCUAUGAGGGAAAGCCAGUAGCUAUGGAAACAAAAGGCAAUCCAGCUAAGCCUGUUAGAAAUGAAGGUGUGGCUACGAAGAAGCUGAAGAAGAACUACUGCAAACAAAGAAUGAUGAAGAAAAAGUGGAAAACGAAGUACAACAAAAUGCAACUGAAGUAGGAAUAGCUGAACCAUGCUGUGAUAAGUAUGGCCUGGAGAAGGACAAGACAAAACCAAAAAAAUCUGAGGCUUUCUUGCAGCUUCAAAGGAGCCAGAACAAGCUGGCAGGGGAAACGCCUCCACAGCUGAAACAUGCUAUAAACCUUUAACCCUUUCUUACCUCAGUGGACACAUUUCAAGUGAAAAUCUCAAAUUCAGGCAGAGGAAAAAAAUGCAAGUGUCUGCAGCUGAGGGUAGAGGACAACAGUAUCUUCUGUUGGUCUCAUGACUUUCACAGAAAAAAUGCAGCUUGAAGAAUGAAGCAGUGGUCGACAGCAAUAUCUGAUAUCACAUAACAACAAGAAAAAUAACUUUCCAGCUUUCUUAGUUCUUCCAGAAUCACUACAGAUUUUUAUUCUGACAUAUUUCAAAAUUAUAUUUUACUUUGUGCAAUGUGCAUAAGGGGAACAAUUUGGAUUUAAUUACUUAAUCCUUUUAAUACACAGCGUCUACCAGUUUUUAAAUUACUUGUAAAAAUACAUUUUCUUUUUAGAGA